CCUCCCUCUCUCACCUUUGCUUUUCUUCCUAUCCACCGCCGCCUGUUCUAUCGCCACAUCUCUUGACCUUAUCACAGCGGGUUUUUGUCCCUGCGCGCUGUGUUCGGUGGCAGCACUGACUUCCCAACAGUCUCGUGUGUCGCUACUCCUACCUACCUCCCUCCACCGUCGACCCACUUCAUCGUCGCCGUUGUCGCAAGCCAUUGUCGUUUCCAUUCGGUCCGUCUCGCUAUCGUGGUUUCUCUGCCACGACUCUUCUUGAUCAAGCGGUCGAAGCCAACCACAGACACACGCGAUGUACAACGCUCAUCGCGGGAUGGUUCCCGCUCCCAACUCCCGUUUGUCGGAGUUGCUGGACCAGCUACGCCAGGAGUUUGAGAACCAGUCGAGGAGCACGGGAGAAUUUGAGCAUCAAUACGCAACAGUAACCGGCCAGCUACAGGAAAUGGAAAUGAUUCGCCAGAAGGUCUUUGCUUUGGAAGCAGCGCAGGUUAAGAUGAAGCAAGACUACGAGGCGGAGAUUCGAAUGCUGCGACAUGAGCUGGAAUCACGCGGUGUCCAGACCGUUUCGACCCAUAUCGCCGGCCCGGCACAGCAUGCUGGCCCUUCUCAGGCGCCACCCCCGGCAUUGGGCCAUGGUCCCAGUAAUCUUUUUGGUGGAAUCAUGGCCAAUCAAGGAGGUAGUGCUCCCGAUCCUGCCCAAUCUCUAGAUCAGAAGCCUCCCCAGCAACAUACUGUUCAGCAGCCAGCUUCCGUGGCUCAACCAGGAGCACUGCCAGAGCCGCAGAUCUCUGGGAAACACCAGCCAGGUGCUGCUGUGAAUGGUUAUCCUCCUCCGCCUCCUACAGCUUCUCCCGGUCCCAAGAGGCCGCGUGCUCCCCCCGGUCCAGCUACCCCGCAGCAGACUCACCAGAUGGCCUAUCCUGACCCUCGCGCGUCGCCUCAGAUCGCUCGCCCCACCCCUCCUGGUCAGGCAUUGAUUCGGGAGCGACCAGGCAACAUGUUGGCAAACUGGAACCCCGAUGAUCUCCCAGCUUCGCAAAAGCGUGAGGGUGCUGACUGGUAUGCGAUUUUCAACCCCGAGGUGCAGCGCGUGUUGGAUGUGGAAUUGGUGCACCACCUUGUGCACGACAGUGUCGUCUGCUGUGUUCGCUUCAGCCGUGACGGCAAAUACUUGGCUACUGGCUGCAACCGAUCUGCGCAAAUCUUCGACGUGACCACUGGGCAGAAUGUUGCUAUUCUGCAGGAUGAGAGCGUCGACAAGGAUGGAGAUCUUUACAUCCGCAGCGUCUGUUUCAGUCCUGACGGCAAAUAUCUGGCUACCGGAGCUGAGGACAAGCAAAUUCGGGUUUGGGACAUCGCGGCCCGGACGAUCAAGCAUGUUUUCAGCGGGCACGAGCAAGACAUCUACUCUCUCGACUUCGCUGGCAACGGACGAUACAUCGCAUCUGGCAGUGGUGAUAAGACGGUGCGUCUUUGGGAUAUCCUUGAUGGCAAGUUGGUGUACACCCUCAGCAUUGAGGAUGGUGUGACCACUGUUGCCAUGUCUCCAGAUGGUCAUUAUGUGGCUGCAGGAUCGUUGGACAAGAGUGUCCGUGUCUGGGAUACCACGACCGGCUACCUGGUCGAGCGCCUGGAGACCCCUGAUGGCCACCGGGACAGUGUGUACUCGGUUGCUUUUGCGCCGAACGGCCGCGACCUUGUCAGCGGCAGUCUUGACAAGACCAUCAAAUUGUGGGAGCUCAAUGUUCCCCGGGGAUACAACAGCGGUAGUGUCAAGCCCGGCAAGUGUGUGCGGACUUUCGAGGGCCACAAGGACUUUGUGCUUAGCGUUUGCCUUACGCCUGAUGGACACUGGGUGAUGAGUGGUUCGAAGGACCGUGGUGUUCAAUUCUGGGACCCGGUUACUGGUAAUGCCCAAAUGAUGCUUCAGGGCCACAAGAACUCUGUUAUUUCGGUUGCACCCAGUCCAACUGGCAACUUGUUCGCUACUGGCAGUGGUGACAUGCGGGCACGGAUCUGGAGAUACGCGACGUACACUGGACGGUGAUGGGAAUUUGACGAUCGGAAGCUUCGGCGCAAGUGUGACUCUUGGUGUAAUUCUGUUUGUUCGGUCUGCGUUAUGUUUAUGCUCUGUUUCUUCAUUUUCUCUGAUCAUUUUUCUGAGUCUGUAGUAGCUGGUUCAAUCUUGGCUUGGGUUUCUGCGUUCGAUUGUCAAAGGCCUUUUACUGUUUAAGAAAUGCUACUUAGUGAUCCCCCAAUGAAAACAGAUUUGAGACUAAAGCCGAAAG